GUUGGCGCCAACUGCAACCUGCAGUUUUUUUCGGCUGUGUUUUUUGCCACAGCGAUGGGGGGCGGCAACAAAUGCAUUCUCAAUGUCAGACGGACUUCCGAUGAAAGCACUGCGGGCACUGCGUCAUCCUUUCUGGAGAAGAACAUGGAUGUUCGUUUCGAUGAUGCAUCCUCAUCGUGGUGCAACAGCAGUCCGGUCACAGCUUGGUCAGCCAUGAGGAGUUCCCCACCAAGCGCACUGAUGGUGCAUACAACAGUCAUGCUUAAGAAUGUGCCAGAGUGCUUUACGCGGGCAAGGCUGCUCUACCUUCUUUGCAAAGAAGGAUUCUCCGGAGCCUUCAAUUUCCUUUAUGUACCAUUGUGCUUCAAAGAGAAAACAUGUCUAUGCUAUGCCUUUGUCAAUUUCGUGGACGAGAGAUCCUUGGAGAGAUUCUGGCAGAGGUUUCAUGGCUUCCGAGACUGGGGUGUUCCUUCUGGCCAUAUUGGAGAAGUGUGCCCCUGCGAGAGGCACCAGGGCUUAGAUGACAUCAUUCACUACUACCGCAACAACAGCGUGAUGCAUCCGAGCGUGCCUGAUGAGUGCAAACCAAUUUUGCUUGUAGGAGCACGACGAGUUCCCUUUCCUUCACCAGCAAAGAAGAUCAAGAUGCCCAAGAAGAUGAGAAGCGAGGAAAGAAGUGCGGAGAGCAUCAUCGCGACAGAGCGGCCUCGAGGUGACCCUGAGGGCCCUGGUCUCUUGGGUGGCUUUGGUGCCCCAUUGGUGCUGACGUUUACAUUGUGAUUUGGUGGCGCCUGCGAUCAGAUUGCGUGGUGAGAAGACACAUGGAGCCAGAGGUAGCAAAAGAAAGCCUUGGUCAAUUACAGAUCAUUCAUACUGAGUGAUCGUUUUUCCCCUCAGUUUUGGCUCUGCAGGUCGAAGAUAGAACCUGCACAUUCUGCCAAAACAAAAUGAAGGGUGAGCCUCAUUUGAAAUCCAAAUGAUCGGUGAGCCGAUACAAGCUUAUUGCUUUCAGAUGAACUUGGCAAGGACGUUCAUUUCAGAAGUCUGAAAGCAACUUUCAACAUAUGUUUCCAUUUUAUGGUCGACUUGAGUGUUCUGUAGAAAGUGCACGUUGAGUGAACAGACUUUGAUCUGACACCACAAUGCACAAAGGUUUACUUAUGAAGCAGUCGGAAGAAUUGCAGGUUAUGUGGGCUUGAAGAUGAAAUUGUUCGAUGGCAUUUGUUGCCGCAUGUUGCUUGG